CCCCGGUCCAACUUCCCCACACGGCAAAGCUCACCUCGGUAGUUCAUAUGUUUCGAAACUGCGCUUUGUAUACUAUCCCCAGCUGUUAUUGGAGGAAGUACUGUUGUUCAUGCAUUUUGUUUAGUGUUCUGGUGUCACGCUCGAAUGCACCCGACUAACGGUGUAAAUUGGAGGGGAUGCGUUGCCACAUGUAGAGAUUUGUCCGUACUUUUAAAACGUGGUUGAUCAGUAACAGGUUAUGUGAUGUUCUAUGGUAUAUAGCUGCUGUAUCCUUGGAAAGGUAAGGGGCAUCUAUCUUGGUAUCGAUCACACUCCCUCACAAUGCGGUUCACAUCCCUCCUCCUCUUCGCCAGCACGGCACUUGCAGCGCUCCCCUACAAAGGCGCAGACUGGUCCUCCCUCCUCAUCGAAGAAGCAGCCGGUAAAAAGUACAAAAACGCUGCCGGCACUGUCCAACCCCUUGAAACCAUCCUCAAGAACAGCGGCGUAAACACCGUGCGCCAACGAAUCUGGGUGAACCCGUCCGACGGAAACUACAACCUAGACUACAACAUCAAACUCGCGAAGCGCGCCAAAGCAGCCGGUCUAGGCAUCUAUCUCGACUUCCACUACAGCGACAACUGGGCGGACCCAGGCAAACAAGUCGUGCCCGCAGCGUGGAAAUCGCUGAAUCGCGAGGCCCUCGUCAAGCAAGUCUACGACUACACAAAGAACGCACUCAACACCUUCGCUACCAACGGCAUCGCCCUCAACCUCGUCAGCAUUGGCAAUGAAAUCACGCCCGGCCUCUUGUUCCCCAUCGGCCAACUCUCCGGCACCGAUGGGCCGAAGAACGUCGCCGCUCUGCUCAAAUCCGCAUCCAAAGCUAUCAAAGAAUCCAACAUGAGCCCCAAACCCAAGAUCAUGAUUCAUCUAGACAACGGCUGGAAAUGGGAUACGCAACAGUGGUGGUACGACACCGUGCUGGGCUCAGGUGGCGGGCUAUCGGCUGCAGACUACGAUGUCCAGGGCGUGUCUUACUAUCCAUUUUACAACAGCGCUGCUACGCUGUCUGCGCUCAGCACGAGCUUGAAUAAUAUGGCGAAGAAGUACGGUAAGGAGGUUAUGGUUGUGGAGACCAACUGGCCGAGUUAUUGCCCCAACCCGUCAAACGCUUUCCCUGCGGACGUGAAGAGUAUUCCAAUUAGUGUGGAUGGGCAGACGCAGUGGAUGAAAGAGGUUGCGAAGCGUGUGGCUGCUGUACCGAAUGGCAAGGGUACUGGGUUGUUUUACUGGGAGCCGGCUUGGAUCGCGAACCCUGGGCUGGGCAGCAGCUGUGGGUGGAAUUUGAUGGUUGGUGACGAUGGCAAGGUCAUGAGUAGCUUGGCUGUGUUUGGUAGCAUCUGAGCGACAUGGUCCUCCCUUCAAAGCUGUAAAUAUUGCGUACGUUGGCACUCCAAAGACACUAUGUUUGGGACGUUAUGACGGCCCCCACCUGCACGUGCAUAUGACAUCAGCCCACCUGUGAAUGUAAAUGUACAUACAAUACGUAAACUCAAAAGACGCAGUGGAGAUGGUAGUGACGAGGUCAGAACAUAGUUCAUGGUCGGAGCCAUCU